AUGCGUGAAAAUCCUUCCAAACAUCAACAACAACAAACGAAUCCUCUAAAUAGCAAUGCAGGAUAUACAGUGGGACCAAGCAUGCACACCGCCAACAUACACGACACUGCCAAUGAACAAGAACAACAACAAUGUAAACAUUUAAUGCAACAGCGUCCUCCGCCCAACCAGAAUAAUGUCCAACAAUGGAAGCGUAUGGAAAUUGCAUCCAUAUGCCCCGGCGGCGGUACAUCGGCUGCCCAGUGCACGAUAAGUUAUUUAGAAAUCUGCUCCACAGCCUUGUCCAUAAUAAUGAGGGCAAUGACGGUGUGCAUUAAUAUUAAAUUGGCUGUCGACUAUCAACGUCAAGGACAUCAAGAUUACUUUAUAUGGACGGUAAUAUGUAUUGUUACGCCAAUGGUUAUAACAAUGUUGAUACAUGCAAAUAUGUGUUACCAAGAUGGCAAAUUUAGCCAUGGGUGUGGUCAAAUCUUACAGACAUUAUUUUUAGUUAUGCUAUCGUCGUUUUUCUUUCGAUAUUGGAAGUCAUUUGUCUAUGCCAUCAAAUGUAAGAAGGCACAAUUGGUUGGUGAUAAGCAGGCCCAGUUAAAAUAUUACAAAUUAAAUGUACGUGAAGAAAGUGAUGUGGCGUUUAUCCGACUAUUUGAAUGUUUCCUCGAGGCAGCACCACAAAAAAUUCUUUUAAUUUCAAUAAUAUUGGCACACCGAGAUAAAAUGUCAAAUGCUCAAAUAAUUGCCAUAACAUCAUAUUUUGGUAGCAUGGCCUGGGGUCUGUCCGUUUAUCAUCGUUACAAUCGCUAUUCGCAAAGUGACAAAUACAAUAUCAGUAUAAAUGGUGUUAUACUGCAGCUAUGCUGGCAUUUCUGUAUAUCAGUCUCCCGUACGCUAUGCAUUGCAUUUGUGGCAAGUGUAUUUCCCAUCUGGACCCUGAUGGCCUGUUUGAUACAUGCUCUAGUCUUUGGCAUGGCAACCUUCUUAAUCGAUAGUCCCAAAUUUGCCCGCUCGGUCUGUGGUAAUUUUUUCUUUUGUCUCAUUCUGGGCAUUGUUUAUAUUUUUACAUAUAUCUCAGUACGUGAUGCACCCACUCGUUAUAAAUAUUUAUUCUAUUAUAUGUUCUGUUCGAUGGAAAAUGUCAUCUGUAUUGCAAUAUUUGUUUUGUAUGCCUCGCCCGAUUUAAUAUCGAUCGGUUAUUUAUUUUAUCCAUUAUGUGCUAUGGGAUUUUCAUUCUAUUAUGUUGGCAUUGUAUUUAUGAUAAUCUAUUAUUUAUAUUUUCAUCCACGGAUAACGGCGCGAACAUCAAAACGUAUUAUAAAUAAUAAUUAA